AUGGAUGAAAAGCUGGAUAAAAUACUUACUGAUAUAGAAUUAAAAUUUGAAACAAUAUCUGAUAAAAUGGUUGAAUUGACUACCUCGUUAACAAAUAACAGUCAAGAGAUUAUGAAAUUAAAUGAUAAAAUAGAGUGGCUGGAAUCAUUAACAUUUAAAAAUAAAAUUUGUAUUAACGGAAUAAAAGAAGAUACAAGGGAACACUUGUUAUCUAUUGUCACUAAUUUAAUAAAUAACACUAUGAAAAUAAAAUGUAAUAUAUGGGAUAUUAAUGAUUUACACAGAAUUGGUAAAUUAAAUAAGUUUAAAAAUCGCACACUGAUUGUGGAUUUUGCUUCUAAUUUGAAAAAGCAAGAAAUACUUAAAUCUAGAAAUAUGCUGAAAGGAACCGAAAUAUUUUUGAAUGGACAGUUAUCGAAUAAAUCCUACAAUUUGUUAAAGAAAGCUAAAUCAAAAUAUGGAAAUAAUAGUGUAUGGACCUGGAACGGACAAAUUUUUAUAAAAGAAAAUGAUGCUGUUCGCCAAAUUUGUUUGGAAGAAGACAUUUAAAUGGUCAAAAUUUUUAGUGCAUG